AUGAGCUCUUCCAAGAACCUUGAUCGGGAGGCUGAUGUCUCGAUUGAACAUACGGAGAUAGCGUUCUCGCAUGCUCACCCUGCAUAUGAAAUCCCCAAGGUCACUUGGUGGAAGGCCCAUGGUCUAAGAAAACUCUAUGCAAUGAUGCCUCUCUUGUUUCUUGGUUCAACUAUUAAUGGAUAUGAUGGCUCACUGUUAAACGGUUUGCAAACAAUGACUCCGUGGCGAACCUAUUUUGAUAAUCCCACUGGGUCAACGCUUGGACUAUUCACGGCUAUUCAGAACAUUGGUGGGGUCUGUGCUCUUUUCUUCGCCUCUUAUGUGGCUGACCUGUUGGGACGUAGGAUCGGUGUAGCAGUGGGCCUUGCCGUCAUCUUUAUUGGCACUAUAAUACAGGUAGUCCCAUCCGUCAACAGGGGAAUGUUUAUCGCGGGAAGGUUCCUGGUCGGUUUUGGGUCCAACAUCAGUCAAGGGUCGGCCCCGUUGCUUAUCACGGAGCUAGCACAUCCUCAGCAUCGCGGGACACUGACAACUAUGUACAACACUCUGUGGUAUCUUGGAUCAAUCAUCGCGGCUUGGACUGUUUUUGGGACCAUUAAAUAUACCUCGGAAGCAUCUUGGAGGAUCCCAGUUGGCAUGCAAGUGGCUAUGCCCGUUAUUCAAUUUGUGGGAAUUUGGUUCCUCCCGGAAAGCCCCCGCUGGCUUUGCGCCAAGAACAGGGCAGAUGAAGCCUUCAACGUCUUGGUAAAGUAUCAUGGCAAUGGGGACCAAGCCGACCAGCUUUGCGCAUUUGAAUUUUGUGAGAUUCAGGAAACCCUGCGACUAGAAGAGGAAAGCUCCCGGAACGGCUGGCAGACCCUUAUCAAAACACCCGGAAAUCGGAAACGUCUCCUCUUGAUUGCGUUGGUCUCUUUCUUCUCUCAGUGUUCGGGAAAUGGCCUGGUGUCAUAUUACCUACACUCAAUUCUGAGCUCAGUGGGCAUCGAGUCCUCGCAUGAUCAGGCGGUGGUUAACGGAGGCUUGCAAAUUUGGUCCUUCCUUGUCGCAAUAGGAUUCUCCUCCUUCCUUGUCGACGUACUGGGCCGGCGAAUGCUCUUUAUGAUCGCGGCUGUAGGAAUGUUGGUCAGCUUCAGUAUCUGGACAGGAUGUUCCGCUGUUUACGCGAAUACAGGAGACACCGGAGCUGGAAGCGCCGUGAUCGCAAUGAUAUUUCUCUUUUACGGUGUGGCAGGCUUCGCGUGGCCUGGGUUGACCGUGGCUUACUGUGCGGAGAUCCUUCCUUUUAACAUCCGAGCGAAGGGUAUGGCUGUUGGGCUCGCUUGCACAUCAGCGGCAUCGGUCUUCAAUCAAUACGUGAACCCGAUUGGUUUGGAGAGGUUACAAUGGCGAUUCUACUUUUUUUAUAUAGGCAUUCUUGUCGUCGAGUGUUUGUGCAUUUGGUUUCUGUUUGUUGAGACAAAAGGUCCGACCUUGGAGGAGAUUGCGGCAUUGUUUGAUGGAUAUGAUGCGAAUGUUAGAAGGUCGGAGGAAGCGGACACUCCCACCAAACAGCCGCGAAUGUCGGGAAAUAUAGCGCGUAAGGAAUAA